UCGCGUAAACGCCACCUAGGUUGCCAGUACCUGUCUGUUUCAGUGAGCUGUAUUUCGUUGGGAUUUGAUGAGCUCGGCAACAUUUUAAUAUAGCAGCGGUUUCAGUACCGCACUUUAUUUAAAUGUUGUUGUGUUCAGCAGGAAAAAAAACACUGCACACUGCUGCGUUAAAACGUUGUUAUAUAUACAGGAUGUCCGAGCAUCAUCACCUAAUUUGUCCCCUAUUAAACAACAUUGCAGCUGUCUAGUGCAUUGAUGUAUAACUGCUUAUAUCCAUUACCCUUCAAAGUAUGCUCAGUUUUAAACAAUAUUGACAUAUUACUUGAACAACGUCUUGUGUUUAUUGUUGGAGUUAUCUGUUAUAGAAGUUUGCUACAUCAAGAGGAAUGGGUGUGUUCACACUUUUAGUCUGGUUAAAACGGACUAGAGUCAUUUUGCUCUGCCAGUACGGUUCGUUUGGUGUGUGUGAACUCAGUACAGGACCAACAUAGACCACCAGAGGGGUGGGUUUGAGCCCCCUGCCAGUGGACUCUAGUCCUGUGUGAGGUGGAGGUGACGCCUCUUCAGAUGUGGGAACAUGUUGGCUAUGGACCAAGGAGUGGUGGAGGAAUGGCUUUCAGAAUAUAAGACCCUGCCGGACAGUGCCGUGUCAGCCUAUGCCACAUCGCUAAAAGACAAAGGUGCCCUCGUACCCGCACUCUACAAGGUCAUCCGAGAGAACUACAGUGAACUGUUGGAGCCAGUUUGUCACCAGUUGUUUGAGUUUUACCGGAGUGGUGAGCCGCAUCUGCAACGUUUCACUCUCCAGUUCCUGCCAGAACUCCUAUGGAGCCUUCUCUCUGUGAGCGCAGCCAGGGACCCACACACCUCUGGCUGUAUUGAGGCCCUGCUGCUGGGCAUUUACAACCUGGAAAUAGUUGAUAAGGAUGGACAGAGUAAAGUGUUGUCCUUCACUGUCCCUUCCCUUUCCAAACCUUCAGUGUAUCACGAGCCAUCUGCCAUCGGCUCCAUGGCCCUGACAGAAGGGGCCCUCGCCAAUCACGGGCUGAGCAGGGUGGUGUAUAGCGGGCCACAUCUCCAGAGGGAAAACUUCACCGCACAGAACAGAUUUGAUGUGCUGACCUUCCUGUUGCUGUGCUACAAUGCUGCUCUCAGCUACAUGAGCGCCACUUCCCUCCAGUCCCUCUGCCAGCUCAGCUCUAGAGUGUGUAUAUGUGGUUACCCACGGCAACAGAUGCGGCGCUAUAAAGGUAUUAGUACACGGAUGACGGUCACAUCAGAUUUCUUGGUUCAACUCCUCACAGGGAUACACUAUGCAUUGUGUAAUGGGGAAGCGGAACUGGGAUCCAAAGCCUUGGACGAUGUUCUGUAUCGGGCCCAGCUUGAGUUGUUCCCCGAAGCACUGUUGGUGGGUAAUGCCAUCAAGUCGUCGCUGCGGGGCGCAGCACUGAAGAGCAACACAAAGGAGGGCGCACGUAGUAUCCAGGUGGAGAUAACGCCCACCGCCUCCAGGAUCUCUCGAAAUGCUGUCACUUCCCUCUCUAUAAGGGGGCACCGCUGGAAAAGACAUGACGCAGUGGAUCUGGGUUCCCCGGAUGAGCUGAUGGAUAUUUCGGAGGCAGAUGAGGGCCUGUGGCCAGGCGGGGUGGGGCCCGAUGUGAACCCACCUACCAUCACCAUCAGCAACAGUGUGACCACGUUAAACCUGGGGGCUAAGGCCAUGAAGAAGUGUCGGCUCAGUGGGCGUGGCAGCAAGGACAAAGAGGUGAGCCCCCUGACAACAGCUCGGGCCGCGAGCGAGAAUGCAGAGGUGUCCGUCAAGCGCCUCACGCUCACUUCGAGCCAGUCUGUACCCAAGGCAGGAGCUCUCACCAGCCUGACGCGUACUGCCAGCGCCGUAUUCUCCCGCUCCUUUGAGCAGGUAGCCGGUGGGCCCGCCCCACCCUCCAGUAACCACACUGCCUCAGAAGCUGGCCACUAUUCAUGCAGUCUUCAAGAAGAAGGCAUGGGGUAUUUAAAUCCAGGGCAGAACCACACGCAGCGCUCUCCGAGCAUCAGUGUGCACCUUGGCUCGGACCUUUGAAAUAUUUAAACAUGCACCUUCGGAUCUGAUCCUGUGAUUCUGCACCCGUUACCUGGAACUGUAAGCCAUGCCAACUACAAAGGACCACUAACAUUUGUGAUUCCCCACCCCCCUCUCAAUGAUACUCUAUACUGUGGCGUUCUGGUUUCUCUGUGCCGUAAAGCAAGCUGCUCCUCAGUUCCUCUCAGACAUCUGCUUCCAUCCCAGCAGUGUGUUCCCUGAGCCCGAUGGAGACAAGAAGCCACCUUGCAGCUUUCUUUGACUUGUUUAAUUGUACACUGUCAGGAGCAAAUUGUACACCUCUGCAGAACAGCACUUAAAGCUCAUCAAAAACACUGUGUGGAAAAGUAUUUGGACAUGUAUUUCUAAUAGGCAUGUGUUGCCUUAGCAUGCCAUUUCCACACGUUAACCUUUACCUUCCCCCACUUUAGUUGGGCGGAUUAAAAUGUGUGUGUGUGUGUGUGUGUGUGUGUGUGUGUGUGUUUUAGGUUUUGAAAUGAUUUUUAGCCUAAAGGCUGCUGAUGUGAAUGAAUAAGGUAUGCAUUUCCUGAUGUAAAGAAGUAAAAUGUUUAUACUGUACUACUUUUUAAAGAUUGCUUCUUUUCUCAUAGCAAUACAAAUCUUACCUACAGUGUUUCCCUCCUUUUGGACAGAUUACGUCAUGGUCUGUUUGCACUUUGCUUCAGAUACAGAUAUCCACCUUCUUUGCAAAAUCCACAUUCUUCCCCAACAAAUACGGAAUAGCCAAUAUGAUACGAAUCAGUUCUUAAUGUUUACAAUCGCACAGUAUUGUUAUAAUGUGCAAGCAAUAUUAGCAUCUCUUUAACACCAUUCCCUGGACAAAACAAGUCAACUUCUGGAUAAUUACAAGGAAGUAUUGCACAGGGAAAGAAUAGUUAAGUAUAUUUUUCCAAUGAAGAGCAAAACAGGUUUGAUUGUCAGAUGUGGUAUUUUUCUGUAAGAGUAUAUCACCAAUCCAAAAAUAUGGUAUAUGUGUUGUAUCGGUGAGAAAAGGUGUAUUAUUUUCAUUUUUCAUGUCCCUUUGCGGUUUUCUCUUCAAGCACAGUUCAUUCCCACCUGCUUCACGUGACAUCCUAAUUCAAACACUAAUACUGCCACCAUCCCAGAAGUAACGUUGUAUCCUGUUGUCUGUGUGCUAUUAACAAUUGAUGUACAUAUUUUGGUGGGACAAUCUUUGUGUUUCGGUAUGUUGCUUUACAGAAUGUGAGUGGUUCUGCUCUUCUUGUACAUCAUACUAUUGUACUAAAGAUGUUUUUAUUGGCCUUUUUUUUAUGUCUGAGGAUGUGCAACUCACUGGUGGAAGUUCUGGAAAUAAAG